CUAAAUCAAACAAGCUCUUCAGCUUCUCAAAAGCAACAAAAACUGCAAACUUGACCUUGUCUAUCAUGACGACUUCUACUACUAUCCACCACAGGCAGAAAAGGACUUCUUGGAUCCUUGGUGCCCUCGUGUUUUCGAUUCGAAGUUGCUCUGGGCUCUUCUUUGACCAAUCCGUGGUAAUCGACCCCAACGACCCCCUUGAAAACACGGGACCCUCGACUGUCAUCACAGAACCAGUGCAAUUUGCCUUGGAAACAGAUACUCUCCAAGGAGAGAUGUUCAUUCCCAGGGAAUCAGAUGGUUCGUUUACCGAAAUCUAUGGGUUUGUGCUUUUUAUGCCCGGUGCAGGAAGCUCUUUCACCAUGUACGAAGACUACUUGAAUCAUCUGGCCUCGCAUGGAUACUUGACGGUCGGGCUGGACUUUGCCUCCCGAGGAAUCACCACAGAGAGUGAACACGACCUCAAGGCCCAACAGGCACUAGAUGUCAUUGCUGCUGUGCAAAGUAUGGACUCUGCCUACGAAUCAUUGCCUGUCAUUUGUGCUGGCCAUUCCCAAGGUGGAAAGAUCUCGUUCUAUGCUGCUUCUACGGACACAACUGGCUCUAUCAAGGGUGUUAUGGCCAUGGACCCUGUCAACUCUGGUGGUCCUCCUUGCUUCCUCUUUCCGAAUCUAUGUAUCAAGUAUCCGGUAGCCCCCAACACCGAGUCUGGACAACGUGGCAUCAUGCAUCAAAUGAGUGAUGGAACUGGCAGCAUCAUUUUCCGGUCGGAACCAGACUUUUUUACCAAUCCUGAUGAACAAUUCAACGCGCAAUAUUUCUACUAUGGUUCUGAUGGACAAGGCACCGAUGCUGCCCCCUCGCCAGCGUUCUAUUACGAUAUGGGCAACUUUGGUCAUACCGCUUAUCUUCCCAUGCUUUGCUCGGAGCAAAUUCAACUUAUCAAGCGAAGCAUGGUUGCUUUUCUACAACAGCACAUCCAAGGCAUUGGGAGAGACGACUAUCUCACUGGAAAUAUCGUUCAGGCAGACAUUGACUCGGGGUAUCUUAAUGCUGUAGAGUCUCGCUAAUUGGUUAAAUAUAGAUCCAGACAAAGAAUACAUGGUACUUAUU